AUCCAUCCAUCCAUCCAUCAUGGAAGACAUUCUCUUCGACUUCGACCACGAUGGCAGCACUGACUUUCCAUUUUGGGGACAGAUGGACCAGAACUUCCAGUUCCAGAACCAGCUGGACUCCUUCCUGUCCGACUGCACCUCAGCCUCAGGUCAGCUGUCCCCCUGGUCGUCCGUGGGCUGUCAGUCCAUGUUCCCGGAUGUGCAGUUGACCUUCGCUGACCUUGAGGUCCAGUCUCCGGGGCCGGGGCUCAUCUCCACGGAGGGAGAGAGUUCGGACGAUAACCUGGACGUGAGCAAGCGCAGGGCGCGCCGCCUGGUGGUCCACCAGCCCUACAAGGUGCAGAGGCACGCCGCCAACAUCCGGGAGAGGAAGCGGAUGCUGAGCAUCAACUCGGCCUUCGAGGAGCUGCGCUGCCACGUGCCCACCUUCCCCUACGAGAAGCGGCUGUCGAAGAUAGACACGCUGAGGCUGGCCAUCGCCUACAUCGCUCUGCUCAGGGAGAUCCUCAUAUCGGGCUGCGACCCCAAGUCCUACGUGGACGAGUGCAUGAAGAACGGCUACAAGAACCAGACCAACGCCAUUUGGAACACGAGCGAUCUGACAGCUCGCCUCUCCUGGAUAAAGUGGGAUUAAGUGAAGAACAUGAGACGCCCUGAGAGUAGAGUUGGACGCCGU